AUGUUGUCUACUUCACAAUCUUCUCUCUCCGUUGACAAUGAUUUGGAUUCGUCUUCAACACUGACCAAACCUCCACUGGCAAAGUAUCGCGUCCACACAUCCAGCUCUUCGCGAACUCCACGCACACCUUCAUCGAAAAAUACCACUGAUAGACGAUGCUCAAUUGCCGCAAUAUCCGAAGGUCGUGGUGCCUACAAAGGUUAUGUAGGUCUAGCAACUAUGGAUCUUCGACAGGCAGACAUCGAAAUCAAUGAAUUCAUUGAUUCUUCAACUUUUUCGCGUCUGAAAAUGAAGCUAUUGGUUGCUGAACCUGAAGAGAUUAUUGUGGCUGAGAGCUUUAACGACAAGUCGAGCAACGCACUACUCCUUGAAAUGAUCCGAUCCUCUUUGCCAAACGUUACUGUAACCAAUGUUCAUCGGAGGUUCUUCAAUCCAGUCCGUGGUGCAGAAAUUGUUACUCAGCUUUCAAAUGAAGAAAUAUCCAACUGUGACACUGUGGUACUGCAGAAGCAAUUUUGCAUGCAAGCUUGUUGUGCACUUGUUAAAUAUGUGGAGCAUAUUCAAAACGUGGUUUUUGCCUCAAAAACCCUACGCUUUAGCUACUGUGAUGUUGAAAAGACGUGCAUGUUAGAUGUUGGAUCUUGGCGAAACCUCGAGAUCGUCAACAGCUUUCCGAAGAAGGAACGACGUUCGUUACUGGCUGUAGUUGAUGAAACGUUAACGUCUGGUGGAGCACGAUUGCUUCGUUCCAACCUUCUCCAACCGUCUAGUGACCAGGAAGUUAUUAACGGAAGGUUGGACGCAGUUGAAGAGUUAGUGGAAAAUCCCUAUCUAAUUGAGAAAUUGCGUCAAGUUUUGGGCUCAACUUACGAUCUGGACCAUGUUUUUGAUGCACUCAUCGAAUCUCCUAUAGAGCCUACAACGGUACAGAGCGCGGAGUACAACUUGACUCAGCUUUUGCGUCUGUAUAGUGUGUUAAACGUAGUCAGUCCUUUACGUCAAGUCUUAAAGAUUUUCAAGUGCGAUCUCCUAAGUGGAAAAAACGAGCUGCUCAGUGAUGAGAGGAUAGAUGUUAUCAAGAAACUUUUGGAUGACAGAUUUCAGUCAGAGACUAUAAGCGGUAACAAGAAGAAUUCGUUGAGUCAGAGACACAAGAAAUGUUAUGCUAUAAAGGAUGGUGUUUCUGUGAAUCUAGAUGUCGCUAGGAGAGCUUACGAAGAGCUACUACGGGAUAUCCAAGGACAAGAAGAAGAGCUCAAUAAACUCUUACCGGGAGAGGACACUCGCCUUGCUUACUCCAAAUCUCGUGGAUUUCACUAUGUAUGGGUGUGCGGUAAUGCUGGUACAGUUAAAGUGCCAACGGUGUUCAUCAACGUCGUACGACAUCGUUCGUCUCUAACGUUCACAUCAAGGAAUCUAUUGCGCUACAGCGACAGAAUAGAGCAGUCCAUGUCGGAAGUUCUGAUUGCCACAAAUGUUGUUGUUCAGGAGAUUAUCAAGGAGAUUCGACCUUCUAUUGCCGUUUUGUAUCACGUUAUGGAUUGCAUUGCUACGAUUGAUUUUCUUUGCAGUUUUGCUGUGUAUGCAUUCAAUAGGGAAACAGUUCGGCCGAGGUUUGGGAAUAGCAUCAUAAUCAAGGAAGGAAGGCAUCCGCUGUUAGACUAUUCCACGAAUGACGAAGUGGUGCCCAAUGAUACGUAUCUUUCUCCAGACUCGAGGGUUAAUAUCAUAACAGGACCUAAUAUGACAGGAAAAUCCACUUAUUUGAAGCAGGUGUGCCAACUAUGUAUUCUAGCACAAUGUGGCUCUUACGUACCGGCAAAGAUAGCUGUACUUCCAGUUUUUCUACGCAUUUUCUCUCGAAUUGGGCACAAUGACAACCUCUACAAAAAUCUGUCCGCUUUUGCUCUUGAAAUGCAGGAGAUGGCACUGAUUCUACAGUACUCAGAUGACCGCACACUCCUUGUAAUUGAUGAACUGGCAAGAAGUACAUCAGUAGAGGAAGGCAUUAGCAUAUGUUAUGCAAUAAUCGAGAAACUUCUCCAACAAAAGACCUUUACCAUGUUUGCUACACAUUUCCUCGAUUUGGCAGCUCUGGAUAUCAACUAUCCCCAAGUCGAAAAUUUGCACUUUCCUCCUCAGGUCAUCUACGUGGAUGGUGAGGAGCAGUUAGCUCCAACGCAUAGACUGGAAAAGGGACCUUAUAGAGGGCCGCUUUACGGAUUUGAGCUGGUGGAACUGUCGACGUUUCCUGAAGAAGUCAUCGAAGCAGCGAGGGAACUAAGCCAACGUCUUCAUGAGAAGAAUGUUGGUAGAAGAACUAUGGAUCCCGAAACUCUUAAGCGCAGAACGUUGCUGAGGGCUGCCUAUCGUCUACGCCAGAUCAUUGCUUCAAAAAAUUUGGUUACCAGAGAAACUUUGAUAAGGAGCCUCGAAGAAGUACGUCAGCAACUUCGUGCGGACAUCCCGGAUAUUAUGGGUCAGAAUAGGAGCUCCACGGAUGAACCUAGUGCGUGA